GUGCGUGAGGGAGAGGGAGAGGCGGUCUUUGCGAUAAAUAGCCAAAGCACUAGAAGAACAGAUUAAAAAAAAAUUAAAAAAAGAAGGGGGGGCUUUUUUGUGAAGGUGAAGAAAGAAAGAGUCGCGAGAAAGAGGCCAGCCAAGACAAGCCAAUCUGAAGGUGAAUAUGCCGCCUCCACUAACCGGCCUCUCGUCUCCCGCCUCCUCAGCUCUACUUCUUCUUCUUCUUCUUCUUCGUUCGCCUUCUCUCGCGCGCGCUUAAGGCUUUUCCUUCCGCACUAUUUCUUUCUAUUUCUAAGAACCAUGCCGACAUUUAGUGCUAUAGCUUUAGAUAGGUUGUUAGAACCUGGAUCCUCAAAAUCUGUCGACAAGUCUCCUCCUAAUUCAAAGCCUCCUAAUUCGAUACCUGUACCUAAUUCAAAGCUGGAUAACAGAAGUAGUUUACCAGUCACAGAAAGGAGACUUAAACGCCCUCAGAUAACACCAUCACUCUAUGCCACUCCUAAGGCAACCCCUCUUCCAGAUUCACCCACUUCCUUCACACCUUCCCCAUACAUCAUCAACCACAAACGCCGUGGGCCACGCCUCCGGAAGAGCUUUUCUGAGGAUGAUGUGUCCUCUCAGCAGAAGACUGAUGAAAAGGUCAACGGGAAUAUGGAGAAUGCAGAAACUGAGGUUAUCCAUUCAACUGAUGAUGUCUCUGUUACUUUCACCAUUCCUGGUGCUAAUGAGGAGGAGCAUGUGAAUGGUGGCCAUGCCUGUGAAGUGGGAAGCUUUAACACCAAACUCGAGAGCAGUAAUGUGGAACUUGGGAGCAGUAGUACAAGUAAUGGUGUGGUUAGGGAAGAUGAUGUGUUGAAGGUUGAAAGAGAUAGCGAGUCUGAAAAUUUCUUUGAUCCGCAGGAAUCACUUAGCACUACAAGCAACACAGAUGGAGAGGAUAAUUAUGGGGCAGAACGUUCUAUGAAGCAUACCACACCAAUGGGGGAGUUUUUUGAUGCUUGGGAAGAAUUAUCCUCAGAUGGUGGGGCACAAUCUUCUCUUCGAGAUGAUGAAUCUGAAUUGUGUGAAAUGAGAUUGAAUGUAUUGAUGGAAAUAGAGAAGCGGAAGCAAGCAGAAGAAGCCCUGAAUAACAUGCGAAGCCAGUGGCAGAGGCUAGGGCAACAGUUAUCUGCUGUGGGGCUGACACUCCCCGCUGAUCCCACUGUUACAGCAGAGGGUGAGCAGCUAGGCUGUGACCCUCCAGAAGAUCUGUGUCAACAGGUAGAUGUUACUAGGUUUGUGUCAGAAUCUAUUGGGAGGGGUGUUGCAAGGGCUGAGGUGGAGAUGGAGAAGGAAGCUGAGAUUGAGGCAAAGAACUUUGAGAUUGCUCGUUUGUAUGACAGACUCCAUUUUUAUGAGGUCGUGAAUCGGGAAAUGUAUCAGAGGAACCAAGAUGCUUUAGAGGUGGCACGACAUGAUAGGCAAGUGAAGAAAAGAAGGCAAAGGUGGGUUUGGGGUUCAAUUGCUACUGCGAUCACGCUUGGCACUGCAGCCUUAGCGUGGUCCUACGUUCCAACAGGAAGAGGGUCAUCUUCCACCGACCAUUUUCAGAAUCCUGAGGGUGAUGAUGCAGCCAAUUAAUAGGUGGCCAAUCAAGUAGCAACCAUGAUGCCUUGUCAUGGAAGACAAGAAUAAAAGGUCUCUACGCUUGGUGGAUACAGUCUCUUGCUUUUGUCAGUUGAUUUCUCUGCACUCAGAGGUUGUAUAGUUCCUCCAAAAUAAAUUUUCUUUGUGCCCUUUGCUACCAAUAUCGAAGCGAUAGAUCAUGAAAUAGAUAAGUCUGGUUAUUAUAGUCAUGAUUUUUUGCAGGGGUCGGUCUAUUUUAAUCAUCAUUUUGGCUGAAGCGGUGCAUAGAAGGGAGAUGGAUAAAUCUCUUGGUAGAUUUGAAUGUGUUCAUUUAUAACUCUGGCAACCUGAGGAUUAUUUUCGAAGUCUGGCACGUGGGGGAAUGGUUCCAUUCCAUAGUUUUUGAUUUGUUUCCAUACAAACUCAAGCGAGCUGAAAUUCCAAUUUUGUGUUGCAUUCUGCCUUAUUCACCCUAGUAGGCAUGUUUACUUUAAGAUGUUUUCCAUGGCCGGCUUUUGGUUGCUGAAACACCAUGUAGAAAAUAAUAUUUCUACUCUAAAAAUAGAUGAGGUUUUUGGAUUUC